AAUGUACAGUAUGGUCACGUGACGGAUAACAAGCUAAGCCGUCAAUCGCUUACGAAGAACCGCGAGACCAUAAGAGAAAUUUCCUGCUGCAACAAACACGAAAUUAUUAUCCGUUUCUCUCUUAUAGUUGGUUGAGAUGGACGUGUCUGGGCAUAGUUUGUUCCUCCUGCAGCAGCUGAACGUCCAAAGGGAGUUUGGCUUUCUGUGUGACUGCACUGUUGCCAUUGGCAACGUAUACUUCAAGGCUCACCGUGCAGUCCUUGCUGCCUUCUCAAACUACUUCAAAAUGAUCUUCAUCCACCAGUCCAGUGAGUGCAUCAAGAUCCAGCCCACAGAUAUUCAACCAGAUGUCUUCAGCUACCUGUUACACAUCAUGUACACAGGCAUGGGUCCCAAACAACCCGUAGACCAGGGCAGACUUCAAGAAGGCAUCAAGUUCCUCCACGCAUACCAGCUCUACCGCAAAACAGGCGAAGGUGGCCCUGAUGCAUCUUCUGAGCCCAUCCGUAUGUCCAACCUGUAUGGCAUCCAGAUCUCUUCACAGUUGGCCAGUAAAGAGAACUCUGGCCUGAAGGCUGGCGGUUCACAGGACCCUGAGGACAGCCGCUCCAGCUCUAGGGCCGAUCGCACACAUGGCCGUUUAGCUCUUGCUGUUGGGCUGGAGGGCAUUACAUCUGAGCUGCAGCCUCAAAGCUUCCGCGCCGUGUCCUCUGUGGCCUCGGGGGACGACUCUGACAUUUCAGCACGGAUCAAACAGGAAAGGGUAGAGGAGGAAGAAAAACAGGAAGGUGAAAAAGAGCCUUGCUCUCUCUCCCCAGCCCAGGUGAGCCCCUGUCAGGCGGGUCUGUUCAAAGAUGGCCCUCUAGCGCUUUUAUGCCCCCGGUGCGGUGAACGCUGUCUGUCACCUGAAGGCCUGCAAGAGCACCUUUUUACCCAUGCAGCCUGUGCCCUUGAGCCUAGCGGUCUGAUGGAAGGCCCUUCAGAGGACAAAACUGGGGAGCACAAGUCCCUAGAGGAGAGGCGGCCUCAUAAGGAGCGCAUAGAUUCUGGUAGUCUGGAAGAGGCCUUACGGCAGAGUCAGGCCCUAGCAGAUGAGCUGGGCGUGGAACUCAGGCGAGGUGGUGGGACCGGACGGAGCGGCAGCCCAUUGGCAGCCUUCACACGAAAACGAAAGAUGGCCUGUGCCGUCUGCAACCUUCGCUUCUCACAGAAGAGCCAGCUGCAGGAGCACAUGUUCGCACAUGUGGGCAAGCCACUGCGAUACCAUCGCUACAGCCGCUUCUGCGGGCAGCUGCUCCAUGGCUGCGAGGGCCAGCCAGAUAUUACCACAGCCACCAGAGAGGAGACAGCCAAAGACACUCAGGAUAAUGGCAGCUCCUGCUACUCACUGGACUCUGAGGUCUCUCAGGAGAGCGUGGACGCAGUGACUGUGGAAUGAUGUAGUGUUUGACAUAUUAACAACAUGGCAUAUAUUCAUGCGAACACACAAUGUCUGUUAAUGGAAUAUUCUGGAUUUAGUACAAGUUAAGCUCUGUUGACAGCAUUUGUGGUAGAUUGACAAAAAUUAAGAUUGACAAAAAUUAAGUUCCACCUGUCCCUCAUUUUCUUAAAAAUUAAAGGAGCAAAAAUCUUGGUUACAGUGAGGCAUUUACAGUAGAAUAGGGCCAAUCUGUGAAAAUUUAAAUACUCACUGUUUCAGCAAGACAUAAGCAAACAUUAUUUUAGUUUGUUAAAUAAAAAAAAAAAAUCUCUUCACUUUUUUGUGUAAAGAUUUAUCCAAUUUUACAACCUCCAUGACAACAUAAAGGCCAAAGUAUACUUGAGCAUGCGUAAAGUGCUUGUAACUUAAUACUAAUAUAUGUUUCUGCUUUUAAUUCCUCCAAAAUUGGUCCCCAUUCACUUAAAUUCCAGUGUGCCUUACCAUAACUUCAAUUUUUGCUUUUUUAAGAAAACAGGGGGUUAGUCAAAUUUCUUUUGUGUUAAUCAACAUUAUUCUUCAAAUACUGUCGAUUGAGCUUAACUUUUAUUAAACGCAUACUUUUCCUUUACUGAUUUUGUUUUCUGCCUUCUGUCAUAUCACAAAAGUCUUUAUCAGUGUUAAAACACAAGAAUUAUGUUUAAAACUUAAGUGUUGAUUGUAGUGUUAUUGUAUAAUGAUUUUGCUGACUCUUGGAUGACUGAACACUGUUGGAUCAAUUAUAUAUUUAAAGGAAGUAUUAGAUUGACAAGCACAUGCACAUGAAACUCAAAUAGCACUAUGAAGUGACACAUUUGACCCCAAUCAAAAAAAUAAAAUAAAAAUAAUAAUAAUUUUUUUUUUUUUUAUAGAGGCCAGCUUAAGCUAAUAACAUUAUUUCUUGUUUAUUUUGGGGUUGUGGCCUAUCGAGUGAAACUGACUGAGCUUAGAGUCUAAAUGAUUUCUUCCCUAAAUCGAAUUUCCUAUAAGAAACUGGUUCAGUGCCUUAGAACAUUUUGCCAAACAUCUCUGUAAAGAAAAGCACUUAAACUAUUGCUCAGCCAGUUGAAACAAAUCCAGCUGUUUUUCAUUUUUCAAGUUAACAGUGAACAGUGCCUAUUUGUGCAAAGUUGUCCAAGACAUCUACACAAUCAGAAUAUUCUAUCAAAUGAAUGUGUGCAACUGGUGCUUUUUGAUAUUUUAUAAGACCUUCACGAUUAUAUUGUGUAUGUAACACAAGAGUAUAAUCCAAGUUUGCUAACAAUCUUAUUACAUAAACAGAGACAUAAUUAUAAAGAUGGGACAAUGCCACUGUAAACACUUCUUGACAAAAACAGCAAUGACACAUUCAGUCAUGUUUUAAAAGCAGACAGGUCAUUU